GUCUAUUUAUUAUACUCUACUAGCAUGUAACGUAUUUUAACUUAUGUAUGCUAUCUCACCUGCGUUAAUGUGACUUCCAAAACAGAGAAGGAGUAUAGACUUAUAUGACACACUGAUUAACAGAUGGGUCCAAUUCCUCUCUAUUGAUCGCAGUAUUAAAGGGAAACACAAUAGUCACGUAAGCGUGGCUAAGUGAAUGCGAAGAGAUCAUGAUUUUAUGUUAAUCUUUGGUAUCACGUGUGAUUUUAAUUGUAUUAUUCUAAUGUUGUUUGGAAUGGCACCUGCUAUCCUCACAUCAUCAAGCUGACAGACUGGGUUUCUGUGUCUUUCAUUGCAUGGCUUUCCACAGACAGAGUAGCUACAAGGUGCAAAAAGUGUCCAGCUAGGGGGGUCCAGGAGAAAUUGUAUGUCUGUUAAAGCCCAACAAGGGAUGGCUUCUGGCAAAUUCCAAUGCCACUGACUACUAUUUUAUCAUAUACACUAAUAUUUAUAAAAUCUAUAUAUUUUUUCAGUGAGCUUAACCAAUUCUUAACAGUUAGUGAAUUAUUGCAAAGGAGAAUGGUUGGGCUGGUAAAAGUUUCUAGAUGGGCAACGUUGGCUAAAUAAUCUUCCACGAUGUUCCUCACCCUAGCGUUGUUGAAGAAAGGCAUCCCCGGAAAGCAGUGGAUCGGGAAGUACAGACGCCCGCGACCAAUCACAUGGCAGAUGAAACGCAACAUGCUGAAGCAUCUGGAGCGCGAGGCUGAGAAUGAAUACUGGAUCAGCCGGCCGUACAUGACCCCGGAGCAGGAGUACUGCCACGCAGCGGAGCGCAGAGCCCAGAACUGGCUAAAAAUUAAGGAGACCAAGUUUGCAAAUUUCCCCGAACACAAGAGCUUGACAGACCACCUGAGUCAUCUCAACAUCACAAAGACGUGGUCAAGUUAAUGUGAGCAGAGAUGUGCAAAGACUGUCUUUAGAAUGAGAUAUUGUGUGAAUUUGUGAUGUUUCAUUAUGUUUAAAAGUGUGAAGAAGGACAAUGACAAGUUGUCAACAAAGUCAAGAAUAGAUCACUUUUACUCCAUAAAACAAAUCUGUGAAGUGUUUGUUAUCAGUCUAUAAACACUGCAACAGGACUGUAACUGCUCCACACUGAGUGCUGCUUAUUUGGAUAAAAACGGCUUAAAAAUG